UAGCACAUCCUCCCUUUCCCUCCCUCCCUCUCUCUCUCUACAGAGAACUAGAAAUGGAGAAUAAUCACCAAAAGCCUCAUGCCCUCAUGAUGCCCUACCCUCUCCAAGGCCACGUCAUCCCUUUCGUCCAUCUCGCCAUGAAACUUGCAUCAAAGGGCUUCGCCAUCACCUUCGUCAACACCCAAUACGUUCACCACCAAAUAGCCAAAUCCCACCACCACGACCACGACCCUGAAGCCGAGGACAUCUUCGUGGGAGCCCGGGAAUCCGGCCUCGACAUACAGUACGCGACGGUCAGCGACGGCUUUCCCCUAGGGUUCGACCGGUCGCUCCACCACGACCAAUUCAUGGAGGGUGUCCUACACGUGAUGUCGGCCCACGUGGAUGAACUCGUCGGGAGAUUGGCCGCAUCAGAGCGGCCGGUGAGCUGCUUGAUAGUCGACACCUUCUAUGUGUGGUCGUCAAUGAUCUGCGAGAAGUACAAUCUUGUGAAUAUCUCCUUUUGGACCGAACCAGCUUUGGUGCUCAGUCUUUAUUAUCAUUUGGACCUUCUACGAGUUAACGGUCAUUUUGGUGCUCAAGAUAAUCGUGAAGACACCAUCGAUUAUGUGCCGGGCGUCCGGUCGAUCGAACCGAAGGACUUAACAUCGUACCUCCAAGCCGCCAAUACAUGGACGGUGGUCCACAGGAUUAUAUACAAGGCCUUCCAGGACGUGAAGAAAGCGGACGUGAUCAUUUGUAACACGGUCCAAGAGCUAGAGCCGGAUACCCUAUCGGCCUUGCAAAAGAAACAACCGGUUUAUGCAAUCGGCCCCAUAUUCCCGACCGGGUUCGCCAAGAGCCCUGUGGCCACGAGCCUCUGGUCCGAGUCGGAUUGCACCGAGUGGCUCAGCGCCAAGCCAAGCGGGUCGGUUCUGUACGUCUCAUUUGGAAGCUACGCUCAUGCUAGUAAGCAGGACAUUUGGGAGAUAGCUUCUGGGCUUUUGCUUAGCGAAGUGAGCUUCAUUUGGGUGCUUCGUCCGGACAUAGUGAGCUCAGACGAAUCGGAGCCGUUGCCUCCCGGGUUCGGUGACCAGAUCAAGGGCAAAGGACUGGUCGUACCAUGGUGUUGCCAAAUCGAAGUAUUGUCGCACUCAGCGAUCGGGGGUUUCUUGACGCAUUGCGGGUGGAACUCGAUAUUGGAGAGCAUAUGGUGCUGCUUACCGAUGUUGUGCUUCCCCCUGUUGACCGACCAAUUCACGAAUCGGAAAUUGGUGGUCGACGACUGGGGAAUCGGGGUCAACCUGAGGGACAAGAAGGCGGUCACGAGAGAGGAGGUCGGUCAGAAGAUUAGGCGGUUGAUGAUCGGUGGCUCGGCCGACGAGCUGCGGAGGAAGGUGGGAGAGGUGAGGAAGGCUCUGGAUGAUGCAUUGGGCCCCAAUGGGUCGUCGGAGAAGAACUUGAAUGAUUUCAUCAGUGAUGUGAAGGUUAAGAUUGCUGCCAACAAACAAUGGAUCUCAAGAAGCCUAAUAGUCUCUCUUCCAUCUUCUACUUAAAAAGUAAUUAAUUCACUUCCAAGUCUUAGAAGUCAAACUUCAACUUUGAAACUUUCGUGUUGAUUUCAUUUCUAUCUCGUCACGAGGAAAUAUCAAGUAUUGUCAUUAUAGCUUGAUUUCUUGAAACUAGUAAGAAGUCGUCUUCUUC